GUCGCGAGAUUACGCGACAGAUAACGAGACAGCCGCGACGUCGACGGUGUGUCGGAACGACUUCCCACGUUAGCGACACCCGCCGCCGCGCCCUCUACCGUCGCUGUGACGACGUCGGCAGACGGAGUUUUCAGCGGACGCGAUGAGGAUGCCACGUGAGAAAACUCGACUGCGUUGAUCUCCGUGUUGCGCUUAAACCCACCGGAGGCGCUUUUGUCGGCAUAGCUGCCGCCCGCCUGCGCUGGUAUGCGAACGUGAGCGAGCGUGUGUGUGUGCGCGCGCGUGAGUGCGUGUGUGAAACCACACGCGUCACUUGGAACGGCUCGAGUAGGUGUGGACAUCGAAAGCACGAUCGACACGUUGUUCGCAUACCCAUGCCGCCGCGUGCGCAUAAGUAGUUAUUAGCACGAGGCUACUACAGCGUACGUGCCUGCGCGUGCGUGCGUGCGUGCGUGCGUGCAUGCGUGAACCUCAGCGUCGCUCGCUAAUCGUGUGAAUAAACAUGCGCGUCGGUGUCGCCGCGUGCGGAUAGCCUGCCGCGGAGGAGCGAUGAUGAGCGACAUUGCUGCUGCUUCCGCAGAGCUGACGUCGGUGAGCGAGCGUUGUAGGCCAGCGGCCUAACGUAUACACAAACAACGAUACACUCUAUGGUAUUUACAGCUCUGCAGUGUGGUAUGCGCGGUUGUUUACCCGUGUGAGGACCAUGUGUGCAGGUGGUUACGUGAAUUCGACACCAUGAGUUUCAUACAGUAUAGUGCAGAGAUAGUGCUCGGAAACACAUUGAAGAAGAAAGAAUGGAGGAGAUCAAGUUACAUAGUAACAACGAAGAUCUACUGGGGCGGAAGUGCGGAGACAGAGAAGGGACUAUCACGCAAGCACAUCAUCGAAGGAUUGCGUGCUUCACUGGAGCGACUACAACUGGAAUACGUCGACGUCGUGUUCGCAAAUAGACCCGAUCCCUACACCCCAAUGGAAGAGAUUGUUCGGUCGUUCACGUACGCUAUCAAUCAAGGAUGGACGAUGUACUGGGGCACGUCACGCUGGGCGCCAAUAGAAAUCAUGGAAGCGUACUCAGUAGCUCGGCAAUUCAACCUGAUACCUCCGAUAGCAGAGCAAGCCGAAUACAACCUUUUCCAGCGUGACAAGGUAGAGCUCAACAUGGCAGAGUUAUUCUUCAAAAUAGGUGUCGGCACGAUGACCUGGUCACCUCUCGCCUGUGGAUUUCUCACAGGGAAGUACGACGAUGGCGUCCCCCUUCACUCCCGGGCAGCAAUAAAGGUUCCUAGCUAUGAAUGGUUAAAGGAGAAGAUACUCAGUGAUGAAGGUAGGCGGAAACAGCAGCAGCUACGAGAAAUCGCCGCCAUUGCCGACAAGCUUGAGUGUUCGCUUGCACAACUUUGUAUCGCGUCGUGUGGAAGAAUAACAAGUGCAAGUGUGCCGUACUGGGCGCUAGCAGGUGACAAGCAGGUCGCGCCGCCGUCGCCCCCCAAGGGAAACCUUCCAGGGCAACGCGCGCUUCCGUUCGAGUCAGGACGUGCAGGAGCUAACCUCAUGCAUCUGCAGUGA